AAUUCAAUAUUAAAUCAAUCGUAAUAUCAUUGAAAAAUAAUGUAAUUUCGGAAAUUAUAUAAACUGUUAUGGUUGCGUGGUAUCGUUCUGAUCUGGAAUCUACAUAUGGAAGCUAUGACUUUUUAACUGAAUCUGAAAAGAAAAAUUGUGCAAUGAGUUAACAAAAAACGUGAGUGGGUCUCAAAUGAGAAUUAUGGACCAAUUAUCGAGCGUAUACCAAUGCAGCAACAACAAAAUUCUACAUUCAUCGACGAUCAUGCUCCAGGCUCGCUGCUAUUUCAUUUUCCUGGUAGCCCCAUAAUUACGCCAAAAAAUCGACAUAGACGCCAAAAUCAAAGGAACGCCAACAACAAAGAGCCAAGUGCUAAUCAUUUGUCAGAUGCAAAAGCGACAGCACCCAAAGUAGAUAUCGAUGCUCCCCUGCUCACAGGACAUACCCAAAAUAAACAUGACAACACGACAAAUGAAAAUGACCAACCAACCAAGGCUACUAAUCGACGUCAUCUUUAUCGCCAUCGACAGCGUUUCGAAUCCCUCUGCAACGCUAAUAGCACUAUGAAACAGAGCAAUGAGGAAUUGCCUAUUUGGCUAAGCUGUAAUGAGUUACGUUAUGUAUCGGGUGUAACUAAAACAACAACUUGUUAUGAGAUAAUCAAAGCGCUAAUUGAUGACGAGCUAUGCAAUGGCAAUGACAAUGGCAAUGCACAAUUUUACAACACCGAGAACAACAUUAAUAAUAAUAUCGCUAACAAUAAGCUAGGGCCCAAAAAAAAAAAAUAUGGCGACCAUGGCUCAAACUCUGGAGCAGAAUUGCGUGACUACAACGAUUUCGUUAUAACGGAACGUUUGCGUGGUAUUGAGCGCAGCUACGAUAGCGCCAUGGCCAUUUUACCUGUUUGGCUCGCUGGAAGCCGUGUGCACAAUGAGUUGUGUCUAUCGCUUAAGCUACGGCAAGUUCUAAGGGAAUCGGAAUCGGAAUCAAAAUUAAAAUCGAUGCCCCUGCAGAGCAUAAAAUUUUCGUCACCCUGGAAUGGAUUUUCAAUUUUAAAAUGUCUAAAAAGGCUUUUGAAUUUCAGCUGUGAAACUAAGAAAAAAUCCUAUAUUAAGAACUUAAACACCAUAACUCAAACCGAUAAUAAAAGCAAUUUUCAGCCAAAAACGGAGACAAUCGAAAUUAAGGUCAUAUUACCAGAUCAACAUUACGAAAAGCCGAGUACAAAUAAAUCGACCGAAAGGUGUCUUAAAAAGAACCAUCAUAAAACUAAUAAAAACACAACUGAAACAUUUAUCAACAACAACAUCAUUCGACGUCGCCGCAAAGACCCGAGUAUGCGAAAUAACUUACGUAACAAAUUGGCGUCCUUGAACGUCGAGUUAAAUGCCAGAUACGAAAAGGAAUACCAUCUAACGCGUGAGCUAACACACAAAUGCAAGCAUUAUCAAAACCAAAGUGAGAGGUUUACGAAUAGGGACAGGAUCCUCUUUGUGGGAAAGUUGCAGGGUAAUAUUAAAGACAAUGUACAAGAUAUUGCUAAAGCAAAACAAGAGCUUCUCGAGCUGAAAAACGACAUUAAACAAAAUUUGUGCUUAAUAAACAGCCUUAAGCAAAUAACGUUGGAGAAAGAUUCGAAAAUAGUUGAAAAAGUUGUAUUCGUUGAUAAUAUUAACGAAUUUUGCGACAAUAAUGAUAGCAUGUUAGUUUAA